AUGCCGCCAAUUCUGUCUGUGUGUGAGCUACUAGUCACUGGAAUGACCUGCAGCGCGUGCACGGGAGCAGUUCAAGGGGCAUUGCUUAAGCACCCAGGAGUUUAUCAGGCCCAAGUGGAAGUAGUGAGAGAAACCGCGAGGAUUGCAUACGACAGCUGUGUCGUUAGGCCUGAAGAACUCUGUGCCGUAGUGGAGGGUCUGGGGUUUGGCGCCCAGAUCCUUCAAAUCUUUGUUUCUACGCCGAGAAGCCCACCAGGGGACUGUAGCAGAACCACAGCUGGAUCUGCGGAUAUACUCUACGAGGAAGAACAACUUGGUUUUGAAGAGCCUCCAGCACGAGAAGAAGAGGAAGAGUUCACUCUGGGGUUUCAAUCUGCCUUACUUCAAAGAGGUGGUGCAAACGAUUCUGACACCCUCACACGGAAGGCCGACGCAACCCUCCACCUCGUUCUACAAGGAGACGCGGAGCUAUCAGCUGAGUCAGCAUGCAGAACUUUGAAGAGCAGCAAUGGAGUUGUUGGCUGUACAGUGGCCCCACUGAGAAGUUCUGAAGUCCAAAGAGCGCAAAGGCUCAUAGUGACCUACAAGCCCGAGGUAGUGGGGGCUAGAGAGAUGCUAAGUAAACUGCUGCGCCAAGGCUUCAACCUGUUCCUGCUAGCCGAAGACCCCCUUGAGACGCAGGCAAGAAUAGAGCACUUGAAUUUACAUCAAGUAGAUGCUUUAGCGGAAUGUAGUUCCACUACUACACGAAGUUGUGGUGUGCGCGUAUCCACAAUCCUGUUGCUGUUGCUCACCACACUGGUCCAGUUCUACGGCGGCCGCGCCUUUCACAAAGCAGCUCUGAAUGGACUGCGGCACCGCCACUGCAGUAUGGAUCUGCUAGUGUCUCUUGGCAGCAACUUGGCUUUCGUCUACUCGGUCCUCUCGUGCAUCCAGGCAGCCGCAACGACCCUAUGGUGCAGGCCACUACUUUCCGCUGCUGCUACGGAGCCCGAAGGAGCCACCGCCAGCACCGACGCAAAUCAAAGCCCCUUCCGCGAGCUCAUAGAAAAAGCUGAACCCCAUUUAUUCCUGGACACUUGUGCAAUGCUCAUCUGCGUCGUUUUACUCGGCAAGCUCAUGCAGCUGCGAGCCAAGGAACGGAUCCUUAAGCAGUUGUACUGCCUGCACAACCUGAAAGCCCGCAGCGUGCAUUUGGUCCUGCGAUCAGCCGACCGCGCAGUGGCUGCUUGCCUAUCGCCACCAAACCCCUCGGAUCUAUCCGUUUCGGAAGCCAGCGUCUACUGGGACGAGCUGUUGAAGGUUCCGUACUUGUCGAGUGGUGGCAGUGACUGUCCAGGGGGGCCUCCGUCUCGGCGCUGGUGGCACGGAGUAGCCUCUGCCUGUGGGCUGAAGAAUUUUCGGAACACGUAUAAUCCGCUUUCGCAGCCGGAUCCGUGCAGCCUUCCAGAAGAAGCGGAGGAGGCUGUUGCGGGCAGGGAAGGGCGUUGCAGCUCGGCUGCUGCCCGAAAGGAGCUCGAGAUGCCACCCGUGGAAGCAGCACCGGAUCUUCCUGCGGAAGUCGUGAUCAGCACUGAUUUACUGCAAAAGGGGGAUGUUGUGCGUGUUCCUCCUCAAGGAGUCUUGCCAGCCGAUGGCAUUUUGCUGGCACCCGAUGUGCUGCACGUCGACGAGAGGCUCAUCACAGGGGAGGGCCGCGCAGUGGCGAAGAUGGUGGGGAAUCGAGUGAUUGGCGGCAGCAAAAACGCUGCUCAUACCGACGCGUAUGUACGCGUUGAAACGGUCGGGGAUGGUUCCGUGCUACAGACAUUGCUGCGGCUGGUGAACACGACACAGCAGCAACAGCAGCCCAUGCAGAGGGCUGCGGAAUCGUUUUCUGCGUACUUCAUUCCCACGGUUAUCUGUAUCUCCGUGGUGGCGGCUCUUGCCUGGGCUGUGAAGGUUUUUACCGCUACAGACAUGGCUCCCCUGUCCACCCUUCAGCAACUGCGCAAGCGUCUUCAGGAGCUGGAGCUGUACGAGGGGCUCUCAGAGGUGCAGCCGCAACUGGUGCUGCAGCAGCUCGAGCAGCAAGCGCGUGGCACCGACCCUCAGAACGCCUUCUUAGGAGCAUCGGUUGCACCAGGUGCACACGCCAGCGCUUCCUUCGACGCAGCACCCAUCGCGUCACAUGUGGUGGAAGCGGCUGCCGCUGCUUGCCAGCUUUCAGGCUGGGUUGUUACCUGGGAUAGCCUUCUGUUCGCCUUGCGUUUCGGAGUAGCCGUGUGCUGCGCUGCCUGCCCCUGCGCCAUCGGGCUCGCCGCGCCAGCGGCAUUGGCAGCAGCAACGGCAGCAGCGGCAGCGAGAGGCGUGUACUUCAAGAGUGGCAGGGCACUCGAAACGGCGGCAUCAACGAACGUCCUUGUGCUCGACAAGACUGGCACACUGACAACCGGGGAGCUGCGUGUGCGGACGUUUUUACAAGAGGGUACCAGACCCCGUCCAGAGUCGCCUUCUCCUGCUGCCAAGUCCAAAGACGACACCUGGCAUUCCGCUGCAGACUCGGCCCCCUCGCAGAGCUCCUCGAGCUGUCCGUGCUGCUGCAGCAACGCAAACCCCAGACACAGUGGAAACGCUUCAGUUGCAGCCAGUGUGUCAGCGUCGGGAACCUCAGACGACACUUCUGACUCUGCAACAACGCUCCCAAAGGACACACCGGGGAUCGCCGAGCUCAAACUAAACUCGCCAGUAUACAGCGAAAGGGAUGAUAACGACCUGCGCAUGGACGGUAGCCGUUGCUGCGCCGCUGACACGUUUCCGGGAGGGGCUCUUGUGUUUCGCAGUUUCGAAAAUUUCUUGAGGACCUCUCCAACCGCCUCUUUUAAGGAUGAGGUCACCGGCAGCAAGCAGGGACGUGCCAGAUUGCAAGAAACACUGGCAGAGGCCUCUGAAGAAGUGCUCGAAACGAGCUGCUUUUUGUGGGCAAUGAGCUCUCUUGAGCAGGGCAGCAGUCACUCCGUUGGAAUAGCCCUCGUGAGCGCUUAUGAGAUAUGGAAGCGAGGAUCUGUUUCACAUGCUCUCACGAGUACCACCGAAAAGAGGAGGUAUCCGACACCACUCGAUGGCUACGACCUCCCACCACCGCACCCUUGCAAAGAUGUGCUGCUACUGGCCAGAGGCCUUGAGGGAUCCCUAGGAGCGACUUUAAGGCUACGUAUAGCAGCUACCGACCCAGCAGAGGAAACGGAAGGUAGAUGCGCCUUUUCUUACUCGACUGAGGGGCUUAGCGAAAGGGAAGCCGAUCAGUUGGAGGAGUGGAUAGGUUGGCACGAAAGCCAUAGCGGACCUGUUGUCCACUUGCACGCAUCUGUGUUACCAAGAAACUCUAAAGACGCGAAGCCAGAGUGGGUUUGGCUGGGAGCUGUGGCGCUUCAAGAUGAGAUUAAUGACGAAACAAAGGUGGCGGUGAAGUAUCUGAGGCAGUGCUUGGGGUUCAAAGUCUUUAUGUGCACGGGAGAUAAUCCGAGGACUGCUGCGCGUGCAGCUGCGGCUCUGGAUAUUGCCGCGUCGCACGUAAUGGCACAGCAAACGCCAGAGGCUAAAGUGCGCUUCUUACGUUCCCUGUCAUGUCAAGGCAGCACUGGAGCCAGCUCAGAGACUGCUGGCGAUACCAGUGGCUACAGCAGUCCCUUUAUGUCGUCGCUCUUGGAGGAAGGGCAAAAGGGGGCGCCUGUCUGCUGCAUGGUAGGAGAUGGUUUAAACGACUCGCCAGCACUGGCAGAGGCCGCUCUAGGCGUGGCAUUUGGAGUUGGAAGCUCCUUGCCCCUCGCUGCCGCUGGGGUCGCUGUGGGCGGGCGCAGUUGGACCGAGCUUGUGGACCUCUUCAAGAUUGCGAGGCAAACACGAAGCAUUAUUCGUUGGAAUUUCAUGUGGGCAUGCACCUUCAAUUUGGUUGCUGUUCCCCUCGCUGCUGGUGUGGCGUAUCCCACAGUGUCUGUACACCCGGCAGCAGCGGCGGCGGCAAUGGCUGGCAGCUGCUUGCUCGUGUUGCUGAAUGCACAGCGACUGUGUCGCUUUAAGGCCACAACUACACAGGACAUGGUAGUGGAGCUGGAUCGACAAGAGGCAUCAUACAGGGGAAGACAGGAAAUGUCACGAGAAAUAGCGGACUCGAUUUGGGAUGGGUCGUCACCACGUGUUGACUCCUCUCUGCGGCUUCAAAGUGACCACUGCUCAACUGAAGGUUCAUUCGGUGAUGAUUUCUCGCUCCUAAGUUCGAGUUUGCCACCAGUUCCAAAGUCAUUGAUGUACUAUGAUACAGGCAGAGCUGAAGACAGCAGUGCGCCCCUCGAAGGACCACCAUACGGCCCGAGCAUCAAUGAACCAAGUGUUUCUUCAGCUUCCGGGAGGAGAGAUGUGAUAAGUUGCUAG